AAUCCCCCCAACACGCAUCGCACGCGCACACGCCCUCUCGAUCUAGCCCCAAACCCCUUCUCCCCUCCCAACCCCAGAUCGGAAUCCGGGGGGCUCGAUCCGGCACCCAUGGCGCUGGAGUGGGUGGUGCUGGGCUACGCGGCGGGCGCGGAGGCGGUGAUGCUGCUGCUCCUCACGCUCCCGGGCCUCGACGGCCUCCGCCGGGGGAUGGUCUCCGUGGUGCGGAGCGCGCUCAAGCCGAUGAUGUCGGUGGUGCCCUUCUGCCUCUUCCUGCUCAUGGACAUCUACUGGAAGUACGAGACGCGCCCCACCUGCGACGACGAGCACGCCUGUACCCCGUCCGAGCACCUCCGCCACCAGAAGUCCAUCAUGAAGUCGCAACGGAACGCACUCCUCAUCGCCGCCGCGCUGCUCCUCUACUGGAUCCUCUUCUCCGUCACGUCCCUCGUCGUCAGGCUCCAGCAGCUGCAGCAGCGCGUCGACAAGCUCAAGAAGCGCGACGACUGAUCCGUUUUCUGCUGGCGCGGGCGGCAUCCCCGUCUCGCUUCCUGGUCUCGUGGCUCUUCAUUCCUCCCCUUUAAGUUUGAGUUCCUAGAGGGCAUGCCUGGGUUGGCUCCUGCUUUGUUUUGUAGCGUGGAUGUUUGAGAUCUCAAUCGGAACAUGAGAGCAUGGUAGUACUAUCUGCUACAGAUCUUAUCUGAGUAACUUCUCUGCCUUUAUUAUGACAUAAAACAAGUUAGAACAAUUCUCUUGGGAAAAUGUGUUGGAAAUGCUAAUGCUUCAUCAGGUUGUUUUGAUUGUGUGAUCAUAGUUAACCUGUUUACCCAUGAAUUGGAGUUUAUUUA